AUGCACGAUCCAUUUCCAAUUCAACGACCUGAGAGCCUAGUCAAAUAUGUCGAACCCGUCGCCGACUUCCUCAACCUCAAGACGCUGCCUUUGCACUUCCACGAGAUCUUCUUUGCUUUUAUGCUCUACCAUUUAACCUACCGCUUCGUCGCCCCAGCCUUCUCGCGCCUCUUCUUCCCGCGCGUAUACCCCACCUUCAACGCCCGCACAAAAUUAAACUGGGAUGUGCACAUAGUUUCAUUCGUGCAGAGCACGUUAAUCUGCGCCAUGGCACUUUGGGUUCUCUUGACGGACAGCGAACUCAACCAGAUGAAUACCGAGGAGCGCGUAUACGGGUAUACCGGCGCCUCGGGUUUGAUCCAGGCAUUCGCAGGAGGCUACUUCCUCUGGGAUUUGAUGAUUACGGUUCAGAACGUCAAGAUCUUCGGAAUCGGCAUGCUAUUCCACGCCAUCUCAGCCCUCUCUGUCUUUUCGCUAGGCUUUCGACCCUUUGUAAACUACUACGCAUGCAUCUUCAUCCUCUACGAACUCUCCUCGCCCUUCCUGAACAUCCACUGGUUCUGCGAUAAGCUCAACAUGACCGGUUCGACCGUCCAGCUCGUCAACGGCAUAAUGCUGCUAUGCACUUUCUUCUGCUGUCGCAUCGUAUGGGGCACCUACCAAUCAAUACGCGCCUUCACCGACAUGUAUAACAUGUAUACUGCUGGCCCAGUUACAUUCUUUGAUCCAGAGGUCGGGAAGCUGUCAAGCAAUACAACUCUAGGCAACGCUGGCUUCAAGAAUGACAUCCUUCGAUUCUCCGAGGGCCAACACGUUCCACUUUGGCUUGUUACCGCAUACCUGACCUCCAACUGCAUCCUAAACGGGUUAAACUGGUUCUGGUUUGGCAAGAUGAUCCAGACGCUACGCAAACGCUUCGAUCCUCCUCUCGGCACAAAGAGGCCCGAGAUCAGGGAAACAACUUUGGAGAUCCCAGAAGACGAAAAGGUCUUGAUCGAAGGUAUCCACGUUUCGACUCCGGGUGUGACUGAGAAGGAUGUCCAAGAUUAUAUCAACGCAGGAUCAGCUUCGAUGAAAGUUGGGAAGAAUAGCAGUGGAACGCAUCUUGAGGUCAACCACAGUGAAGUCAGGAGUCGGACCAAUGCGCAAAGAGGAGGUCCAAGGUCUGCACAGGCAGCAUAG